UUUCAGCUGUCAUCAACAGUUUCGACUGUUUUGUAAACUGCAAAAGUGUCUCCGUUUCAAUUCUCCUCAGUAGAAUACGUACCCAUGAGCGGGCCCUCUGAAGCUCGGAUUUAUCUGCAGGACCAUCGGAUUCCACAACUAUUCGAGGGACUGAUGACUGGUUUAAUCUACAGCCGACCAGCAGAUCCGUUAAAAUUUCUUGAAGAAUCGAUUGUGAAAAUACGUUCAACGCCGGGAAUCACAUUGUCGUGGGAUAUGUUCAUAGGCCCCGAAGCAGGCACUCAAGGAAGACAAUAUCCACCGGGUGCUCCUCAUUUAAAUCGUAGAACUUCUCAAAAUCAGGCAGCUCGACCUUCCACAAAUCAGCAAACAGCAACUCAACCUCAAAUUACAACGAACGCCAUAGAAGACACUCAGGAAUCUAAUAGUGCGGAACCUGAAAUAUCACGAGAGCCUUCAAGAACAAAUACCGUUGAACACAGAACUCCAGAACCACGAUUAUCAUUGGACGACUCAAAGGAAGAAGAAAUGGUGGUUCACAGAAUACCUUCAGUUACCAGAGCUGCAGAAGUUGCGAGGAUUCCAGAUGUUCCAAUAAUCUUGUUCAUGGGUGGACCCGGUGGAGGGAAAACGAGGCAUGCAGCGCGCGUUGCUGACUCUCUUGCUGAUAAUGGAUUAGUGCAUAUUUGUAUGCCAGACAUUAUCAGAACGGCUCUCGGCAAAUACAAAGACAAGUAUCCGGAAUGGAAAGAAGCGAAUGAGCAUUAUAUUAGAGGGGAAUUGAUUCCAAAUCAACUGGCUUUAACAUUAUUGAAAGCAGAAAUGGGAAGACAUCCCGAUGCAAUGGGAUUUUUCCUUGAAGGGUAUCCUAGGGAAGCUAGACAAGUCGAAGAUUUCGAACGUCAGGUAAAAUCAGUCAAUAUGGCUUUGAUACUGGAUUAUGACGAAAGAACCCUCCGAGAACACAUGGAGCGUCGAGGUCUUGGCAUGGAAAUAAUAGAUCAAAAAAUAAAGGAGUUCAAGCAGAAAACUCUUCCAUCCGCAAAGUAUUUUGAUGACCAAAAGUUGCUUCAUUUGAUACCUGGUGAAAAAGACGACCAAGUCAUUUAUGAAAAGAUGAAGGCUCUUGUGGUCAAAGCGUUGGAAACGGGAGUUCCGGUGUUGGCAGCGUUGCCACCCAUGGCUGCAGAUAGACAUCAUAUUGCAAGCCCAGCAGCUCCCGAGUCAGUCAUUCCUUCUCCAAUAAUGGCUGAAUCCGAACUAACAAAUUCAGUUCUAGACACCAACGUUGCCAACCAUGAAACCAUUAAUCAUGAUUUGUCAACGUCAGCAAUUCGGGAACCACGGUCUGUUGCUCAAACACCUCUUCACUCGUCUGGAUCAGGAGCGGGAGGUGGAGGGGGAGACGUAGAGAGUAAGCCAGCAACUCCAGCAGUUCAAACGCCUGACGAAAGUCGAGCCACUUCUACUGCAAGAUCUAGAGAGUCGGCAAGAAAAGAGAAAUUAGCAACACCAGAUAGUAAAAACGCUGCUGACACAAGAAACAAAACCUCAUCAAAUGGUUCCUCAGAAAUUGUUUCAGCCGCCGAACUGGGUGAACCUGUGGGUCUUCCGAAUAACGCUCCAGUGAUUUUGGUGUUGGGAGCUCCCGGAUCUCAGAAAAAUGAUAUCAGCAGAAGAAUUGCUCAAAAAUAUGAUGGCUUUACUAUGCUCUCCAUGGGUGAUAUUUUAAGAAAAAAGAUAAAUAACGAAAAAAAUGACGAAAUGUGGGACAAAGUUUCGAAGAAGAUGAAUAAUGGUGAUCCAAUUCCUACGAAAAUGUGCAGAACGGUACUCUACGAAGAACUUCAUAGUCGAGGCACGUCUAACUGGGGAUAUGUAAUUGAAGGAUAUCCUAAAUCACCGGAUCAAUUGGUCGAUUUGGAACACUCGCUUCAACGUACCGAUUUGGCAAUUCUCAUCGAUUGUACAGAACAAUUCUGUCUUGAGGUGAUCAACAAAAGAAAUCGUGAGAACAAGAGAUCAGAUGAUGAUUCGGAUGCAGUUCGAUCUAGGAUGGAAUACUUCAAAAAGAAUACUCUUCCCAUGUUGAAAACAUUAGAUGAUAAAGGCAAACUUCGAGUGGUUGAUGGAGAUGCAGAUCCAGAUACUGUUUUCAAAGAAGUUGUUCAAGUUAUUGAUAGAACACUCUACGUUGAAGACGAUGGUGACGGAACAAGUCUCGGAGAUUCUAAAAAAGGAACAUUGAAUUCAUCUCUCAAUUCAUCUACUUGAAUUAUUAUACAUACUAAUAUACUUUGUUGAUUGAUUGUCAAUAGGGUAGUUAGACAGAAAAUAAUUCAUUUUACUUUUCUAUCACUGCUAUUCGAUUUCGAUGAAUAUCUUGUCUAUC